CCUACCCGACUCUACAGUGAGGAAGGAGAGAAAAGAGUUGUACACCAGAUCUGUUUGUAUCUAUUCUCCCUUUGCUUAUCUCUCUCGUCUAUCUCUCUACAAUUCUCUCUCACUACUGUUCUCAAAAGAGAGACAAAAGGGGAUGUUUUUAUUUGAUUGGUUUUAUGGGGUCUUAGCUUCUCUUGGGCUAUGGCAAAAAGAGGCCAAGAUCUUGUUUUUAGGCCUCGAUAACGCCGGCAAAACCACCCUUCUUCACAUGCUUAAGGAUGAGAGAUUAGUUCAACAUCAGCCGACCCAACAUCCAACAUCUGAAGAAUUGAGUAUUGGUAAAAUCAAGUUUAAAGCUUUUGAUUUGGGUGGUCAUCAGAUCGCUCGUAGAGUUUGGAAAGAUUACUAUGCCAAGGUUGAUGCUGUAGUUUAUCUUGUGGAUGCUUAUGACAAGGAGCGGUUUGCAGAAUCCAAAAAAGAGUUGGAUGCACUACUUUCAGAUGAGUCCUUGUCCACUGUUCCAUUUCUCAUUCUGGGGAAUAAGAUUGACAUCCCAUAUGCUGCCUCAGAGGAUGAGUUGCGUUUUCAUCUUGGUCUGAGUGGCGUCACCACCGGAAAAGGGAGGGUGAAUCUUGCAGAUUCAAGUGUGCGUCCUUUAGAGGUAUUCAUGUGCAGCAUUGUGCGCAAAAUGGGAUAUGGUGAUGGAUUUAAAUGGGUUUCUCAAUACAUCAAGUAGGAUAGACUGCCAGUGAGAAAUUUCAUUAUGUUAUCACCCACUUGAAGAAUAGAUGAAUCAUUCCGAAGAAAGAUUGAAAUUUAUAUUCGUUCCCCAGCUUGAUUUGGUUUGUAAGAGAAUUCUCUUGGAUGUUCUUUUUUAUCAGUAUGGAAGGCCUUUGAUUUAUUGUAGUGUAAAAUCAUAACUACAGCCGCAGAAAAUAUACCUGUAAUCCAGCUCCGUUCUCGGCCCAUCCAUUUUGUUUGCAGACUAUCCUCUUCUAUGGUAAGUUUAUAAAUUCAAUUUGUAUCUGAAAUAAUUACAGUUUAGGGACUCUAAUUUUGCAGGCAUUCUAUAUUCAUAUUCAUAAUGAUUAGUAUACUUAGCUUAAAUAAUUAAGCUAUUAUUCAUCUA